CCUUUGGCGUAAGACAGUAGCCUUGCUUAGGUUACGUCACGCGAGAGGCGUGCAGCGGAUCCGCGUUGUUUGUAAUUUUGGGCUUUCGUGCACGCUUCGGUUUGCUGGCUGCUAGAUUAUGAGAAGGCGUGCUUUUUCUCCGUAGUCGAUUUUUUUUAACGAAGUUACAGGCUGUGCACUUUCUAGGUCCUUGUCCAAGAACCGAGUAGCGCCGCUUGGUUUAUUUUAAUUACCCUAUAUUCCCAAGUAAAACCAGACAUGAGCAAAUUGGAUCCCAAUGCGGUCUUGGUGAGAUUAUUACGACAAGGUGAUACUGAAAUUGUGACUGAAAUUCUGAAGGACACCUUCAAAGGUGCAGAAAACCGACUCAUCCUUUACCUACUGACUCGCCCCUGCGCCUUGCUUCUCCUUGCCAUAAGCAGCUCAGCGCUGCGGUUCCUGGUGAACUCCUUCAUUGCUGCCCUAGUACUUCCAGUGUUUGUGGCAGCCUUUUAUCUCAAGCUUACCAUUUGGCGCUUGACUGAUGCCCACUACAGCAGCAACGCACUCUGGGAACACUACUGUGGAAGUCGGGAUUCAGUGCAUGAUAAGCACAGUGGAGAUGGGGACUCACCACAUGGUGUUCAGAAUCGGUCUAGGAGUUCUGGCUCAAGGACCAAACCUGGAUCAAGUCCAACUUGUAGAUUGUGGGUGGCAGAGUGGGAUGGUGAAAUCUUGGGCUGUGUAGCUAGGGAUUUGGGUUCAAAUUCGGGUCAAGCCCGACUCUGCAGGUUGGCCGUUUCCUCAUGGCACAGGAGGGAAGGCGUUGGAGCCCUUUUGGUGAGAGAAUUUGAAAGGCAGGCCAAGCUGGAUGGUUAUUCCUCAGUCAUUGCGCACGUGUCUGUUGUAAGUAAAGUUGGGGUGGAAUUCUUUAAAAAUGUUGGCUACACUGCAGAAGAUGGUAUUGGAAUUAAAGGGUGGCUGGGCUAUCCUAUAUCUCGAGUGUAUGUUAAGAUGCUGUAACUGAUGAACACAAAAUGCAUCAUAAACUAUCAUGCAGAGAGUUGGAAUGACCAUGCAAUUGUACAAUAGGACUUGCGUAUCAAUUUAUUAGGGUUGUGUUGUUCCCUAAAGAAAACCUUACUCCAUCCUUCCUAUGGAAGAUCUUCACAUAUUUGUAAAAGGAGGAGGAGAGGAUGGGAUAGUCCAAAAACAGACAGGUGUAAACCUAUUUCUAGACCUCCCUGACCUCUGUCUGAUGGGAUUUAAUUCAGAAGCUCAAUUAGCAGUAUAUCCAUAUUGUAAACUCAGUGAGAACAUGUGACAUUUUAAAGCUAAUGUAUACCUGAGCCCUAAUUUAUCCCCCUGAGAAAAUAAAUUGCGAUUGGCAUGUAUGCAGAGUCUCAAAUGAUACAAAUGUUCCCAAAUUUUUAUGCAGGCAUGGUAAGUGACUUUUUCAGAGUGGUAUGUUGUUGUUUAACUGGUAACCCUUUUGCUUUUAACCUUAUGCUUUAGCCUCCAUGAGACUGAGACUAUAUCCACACUGCUAUGUUUUAGUUUUAAAAUGCAGACAUUAGUCCCCAUUUUUGCCUUAUGUCCACCUUUACCUUGGCAGUUUUAACUUCCAGAAACACAAACUUUUGGAAAUGCUCUCCAAAUCUGUAUAUUUCUGAAAAAGCCGGCUUAGCAUUGCAAUGUGAACAGGUAAAAAAAUAGAUGUUUGGAAGCACAUACUCUUAAUUGUAGUCUGAUUCUCCCAUGCUUAUUAUGAAGCCAACCCCUGAUUGGAUUCUGCUCAUUACAAUGUGUUAUUCUUACUGGUCACCCUUAACAGAAGAAAACCAUCUUCCAACAUAGUGGACAUCGAAAGGUUAGUUUCCAAUGCGCUUGUGUUCCUUACCUGUAUAUGUCCAAAUUGCCUUUUGCACAGUUUGAAUGCUGCACAUGUGUGCAAAAGGUAAUUUACUGGUCACUGCUGUUUCACAAUAAAUCCCACUACCAUCCUUUCAAGAAUUAUUACACAACUGUGCAUAUUACCAUUGUAGGCAAAUAUCUAUGUCCUAUGUGUUUUCAGCCAUUUUAGUGUGAAUUCUUUCAUAAAUAAUGUCAAAACGCUGGUGUGGACAAAGAUUAUUUUCACUUUAAAAACUGUUUUCAAAUUAAAAUGUUGGAGUGUGGACGUAGCCUGAGGCUGUGAUUUGUGCAUAGGGACAUUUUGAAUCCUGACCUGCCUACUCGUGCAUCUGAACACUACAACACCAUUUAUAGAAUGUUCAGGAGGAUUGCAGUUUUUUGAUUUUAACUGAUCGUUUAAUGAGUUGCCUGUACUUAUCCUUUUUUGUUGACAUUUCUCUGGAGACUUUUGACUUUUUUCCAUCCAUAGUUAAAGAUGCUUAUCAUCAUUUAAGUUCCCCUUUUCCUGGCCCAAGGUAGCAACAUGCUGAGCUGUUGUAACCAGGCCUCCCCUUCUCCCAGCUACUUCCUCCAGGCCUUUUAGAUAAAAUCUAGAAUGCUUCAAGUACAGUUGAGGUAUAAAAUCCCUUCAAUGUGUCCCUGCAUUUGUCUCUGUUUCCCAGUGAGCUCUGAAUUGUUUCUCUCCCAAAGUACAUGCUGGCAGUAAAACUACAUGCCAACACCACCUCAUCUUGUUCCUGUAAUUUUGUGAAGGAGCAGUUCUGCUCUGAGCUUUAUCAUGGAGCUUAUCUUCUUGUGGAAGAUGAGCCCAGGAAAUAUCAUUUUGCGCCACCUGUACUCACAAUCUCAUUGUUUCUGUCUUUACUCAGAGCUUAUGACCAUAGGGGAGUAUUGGGACAGGCAGAGUGGAGGUAGAACCAAGUCUCCUUUUCCUUCAGGUUUCUUGUCAGUGUAGGAGGAAGCUGCAGCGUAUCUUGACAGAGUGGAAACUAGGCAGACACAAAUGGAAUUUCGGUCCAUUAUUGGAAAUACUUAAACCAGCCUGUACUGAGUUGCUUCAUUUUAAAGUUGACUGCUAAAAAGAUUUGCAUGGAGAUGGCUCUGUACAGUACUUUACACUAAUUCAAAAGAAAUAAUCAGUUUAGAAAUUGUUUGGUUUCAGUGGAUAAAAAAGGAAAGUUGUCUUAAUCUGAGCAAAUUGUUACAUUUCUCUGUAUAACAACUUUAAAAGUUAAGAGAAUGGCAGCACUUAAAACGUUUAGCUCUGUGUCUUUUUGUUGUCAACAUGGAAUAAAGUGGUAACACAACAAAGAGCUAAGCAGAGCAUUUGUUCUGAUGUGGGAAUUGAGCUAUGGUGCCUGAAGUAGAAAUCAGUGGAGUUAUUUUUGUCACCAGGCAGUGUGUUAGCAAUUUGGCUGUCAUUUGACAGUAGACUGCAGCACCCAAGCAUAUUUCAAUUGACUCAGUGGAAUGUUUAGAUCCUAACACUGCAUUGUAUGGAUGCUGAUGAAGGCCAAUAGCUUUUCUCCAAAAAAAGGAAACCAUAAAUUCCAUAAAUGUAAUCCCAAAUUACUAUUUAACUAGACUACACACACUUUUUAUUUAUGUAUUUUUUUUAGUGAUAAUCUAAUCAUCUUUAUGGUUUCUAUACAGUGCAUUCACAACACAAGUAAGAUGCAGUACUAUGUCUAAUUUAAUUUUCAUAAGAUCUAUUUUCAAGGGGCUUGUCUAUUUGUAACUAAAUGAGUAAGCUAAACUUUUUAAAAAUGUAUCUCUUCAUUCUGAGGUUCAUCUUCACUGUGUCCAUGCUGUAAAAUAUUUAUUUGUAUCUGAAAAUAUAAGGUGGUAUGUGCACAAAAGUCAGACCAAAAAGAAGACAUUGUGUAGUGGUUUGCAGAUUCCAUGAAGCAGCAACAUUAGCACAGAAGCAGAAUUACUUCAGCCACUGCAAUAUAGAUUUUUUUUUGUCCCUUUGGAUAGUAACCCAUCUUGAUCACUACACUGCCAAGCAUAAUUUCAUGUAUGACCAUUGAUCUUCCUUUCCAUCUGGAGGAGCUAUUCCAAAGCCAGUGGAAUGUAAAUCGAUUAAGCAGUAGGUAUUUUUGAUUACAUAAUAGGGGUGUUUACAUCUACUUGAGAUUGGUUUAAUCUAUCGUAAGCAGUAGAAAUGAGUACUGUUAAUUUGUGUAUAGUGGUAUUUUACGUUAGGUAUUAGCAGCAGUGUUCAAACCAAACCUUUCCUUGGAAAGUUCAUUUUUUUAUCUGUGGCUGUCACGUGAUGUGUAGUGCUGGAGUUAUAGGCAACAUGCAGAAGCAUGGUCAGUGGUAUAAUUACACACUGUAACAUACACAUUAGUAAAGUUCUUUAAUUGCAAAGAAGAAUGUUCACUCAUUGAAAGUGCAGUUAUUCAUGCUCACACAUGGCUAAAAAAAACAAAAGUCCAGUUAUAUGUAGAGAUAAGAUUGUUAAUAUUUGAAAAGACCCAUUUUUCAGUCCGUUUUCAGUUGAGUUAACAAAACCUCCUAAACGUUUCUGCCAAAAGCAGUAAUUGGAAAACAGUGUGUGUGUGUGUGUGUGCUUUCAACUUUUUUCCUUUAAAAUAGUUUUAUUAUUUUAAUACUGUGUAUUUAGUAAAAUGUUAUUUAUUUUUAUUUAUAUAUACAGUAAAAACACCAAGUUCACCAGUGCAUUACUGUUUGAAAUAUUGAGUCUUUUUUGGUUUUAAUAAGUAUUAUUCCUUAUCCCUAAGAACGUAAUCAGUGACUGUUUCUCUUAAAUCCAAUACAUAAUGUAGACGGGGGAUAUUUGGUUUUUAAAUAUAUUGUACAUACUGAAUGUGAAGCUGAAAAUGAGGCAAUAUUCUCACCUUGUUUUGGAUAGGUGCUUGAACCUAUAGAAAUAAAAUGUGAUGAUUGUGAUUUUAAAAGUAUUUACCAACCACAAGAAAGGCAGGGUCAAUUUAAUCACACCAACCUGAAUUGUUUUACUGUAUUUUCCUUUUUCUUUGUUCACUUUGAUUUUACUGUGCUACUUGUCUCUGAACUAAUUGUGUUACAUAGAUGAUUUCUGUUCCCAUAUAUUUAUUGGCUUGUGUAAUUUUGUAUUGUGUUUCAAAAUAAAAUUCCCUUUUCAGAUGUC